AUGUCCAGUCCACGUCCGUCAAAGAGGCAGCGCAUUUAUCGUGCUUGUGAUCAAUGCCGGCGUCGCAAGUCCAAGUGUGACGGCGAACAGCCCGUAUGCAAGAUAUGUCAUGCUGCGAAUCGGACCUGCACCUAUCAAACUGGUGGGGGUCGAAGAGGACUCCCAUCCGGAUAUGUUCGAAGCCUGGAAAUUACUCUUGGUCUUGUUCUUCAGAAUGUGCCGGGGAGUGAGAGCAUGCUCUAUGGCCUCUUGCGAGACGCACGAGGCAAAGGCAAUUUCCUAAAAAGUGGACAAGCGGAUCACCUUGUGUCUGUUUGGCGAACAUCAAGACUUUCCCGGGACGUGAAUCAAUUGUUGAAACCAGAUGGUGAAGAUCUUGGCAAUGAUGGCUCUGACUGGGACCCUGUAGAGCCUCGCGAUCAAGAUGAGAACAUGGAUGAUUUCGUCGCGGUACCAAUGGACUUCGGCUCAAAUGAGCCUAUGAUUAUGCAGACUGUCCAAGCGCCUGUUCAAAAUUCAUCAAAAGCAAUUGAAUGGGUGAUGCCGGAAAACACGCCUGACCUACUCGACUUUUACUUCACCUACACACAUUGCUGGUUUCCAAUUCUUGAGCGUCGGGAACUCCUUCGAGCGAUGCAUAUGAACCGAAACCAGCCAUUAUCCACGGAUACCUCUUGUCACAUGGUACUAUGGGCUGUGAUAUCUUAUACUGCCCUUCUAAGGGGUAACCAUGAUGCCAGCCUACCGUCUCCUUUGGCUAUCCAACUGUCCAUUCAAGAGCAGUUUCUGGCGGACCCUGGAGCUUUGGAUCUGGGCCAUGUCCAUGCGCUACUGCUCUUCGUGUUGACACAAAUUUCCCUCGGCAAUAUUCAUCACGCCUGGACCAUGGCUGGACAAGCUACAAGGCUCCUGCUUGGCCUGCCGCUCACUGCGAGGAAGACACGAUUCCGUCACACCUUCAACGGCUGUGUCUUCUUAGACACCAUUCUAUCCGCCUUAUUAGGACGCACGCCUUGCCUAUCUUCGGAUGAACAGCUUGAACAGGGGCUGGUAGAGGAAGAUGACGUAGACGAGUGGGAUGUCUGGUCCGCAACUCGUUCUAAUAGCUUUAAUGGGGGACGGAUGUCAACCGCACCCUUGCGUGCCCUGAGCUCCUUCAAUAUCAUCCAACAGCUUGUACAAGAUUUGUCACAAAUCCUAUACCAGCCAAAGUCAAAUCUCCAAUUGGAGGAUCUUCUCGACAAUCUACGCGAGAAACAAGCUGUAGUACUACAAGACCGUCCAUACAACAGGCAAAACGCCAGCGCCCCGCCCCUGCUGGUGUUACAUCUCACAUCCACUUUCACGACACUGUCACUGAUCCGAAGGUUUGAGCCGGUCUCGCCUGCAGUCACGGACCUUUGCAUCAGAACUAUCCAUCGGGUGCUGGAUAUACUUGAAUGUUAUCUCUCAAUUGCUGGAGAGUCUGGGGUCUCUCCAUUGGUGCAUUGCUUUGCACUUCAAUGUCAACGGAGUCUUGUUGUCACGAAUGCUGCAAUGAGCUUGGAAGAGAAGGGGGAUUCGGAGAGUCGUAUCCAGGGGUUCCUGAGUUUGACCAAGUCAACAAAUGGCCUUGGAUGCAAAAUUCAGGCUGAUCACUCAUUUGAAGCCCCCUCACUGAACCAAAGCGGCCCCUCUGUGUCUUUAGCACCUGGAAGUGCUAUCGCCAUGAACACCAUCACGGAGUCGUCUCUCACGGACUUGCGAAAUAUUACCGACACCAGUGGAUAUACAACCUCAGCUGGUCUAUCUGGCGCGGAUGGGUACGACGCUCUAUUUGAAGAGAUGGUAACCUCGUUUCCGUCAAGCAGCAUAUCUAGGCAGGAACCUGCUUUUGCGCAUAAUUUGGGAUUUUAUGAUGGAGACCUGGACACGGAUUUCCUAGCACAACUCCAGGGACCUUCAGCGUGA